AUGUUGGAGCUACGGUUGGUGCAGAGGAAUCUGUUGAAGAAGGUUCUGGAAUCGAUCAAGGAGCUAGUAACCUAUGGCAACUUCCACUGCUCCCCCAACGGUUUCUCGAUGCAGGCUAUGGAUUCCAGCCAUGUGGCGCUGGUGGCUCUGCUGCUCCGUUCGGAGGGAUUCGAGCACUACCGCUGCGACCGAAACAUCUCCAUGGGGAUGAACCUCAACAACAUGGCUAAAAUGCUCAAGUGCGCCGGGAAUGACGAUAUCAUCACUUUGAAGGCCGACGACGGUAGCGACACUGUCACUUUCGUGUUCGAAAGCCCCACACAAGAUAAGAUCUCAGAUUUUGAGAUGAAGCUCAUGGACAUUGACAGUGAGCAUCUAGGACUCCCAGAAGCUGAGUACCAUGCUAUUGUUCGCAUGCCAUCUGUUGAGUUCUCAAGGAUUUGCAAAGAUCUUAGUAGCAUUGGUGACACAGUUGCCAUCUCUGUUACGAAGGAAGGUGUGAAGUUCUCAUCCACAGGUGAUAUUGGAACUGCAAAUAUUUUAUGUAGGCAGAACACCACUAUUGACAAGCCAAAUGAUGCCACUGUAAUUGAGAAGAUGAAUGAGCCAGUAUCUCUCACAUUUGCUCUUAGGUUGAGCGUUGACGAGGACGGAGGAUGUUGAGCAUUUGGACAAAGACCGCAUUCAUUAAAUGUUCCGGUUGCUAUUGUGUCUUCAUACAUAGUAGUAGCUAACUCUCAAAUGCUUCCGUUUUUGCCAAGUUUUAAAAACUCUUAUGUUUUCCUUAAUCUGUUGAACUAUUUCCCUACAAACCUUGU